AUGUUCUCUCGAGAUACGCUUGUCUAUCGACCUGCAGCAGGCGUCAGCGGAUCAGUGGAAAUCUGGAAAACCUCCCAUGGCGUCAAGUACGCAGUCAAGACAUACCAUGAAAAAGAGCCUCAUGAACUGCGGAAAGAGUACCACACUAGGGUCUUGUACGAGUAUGAGCUUUUGAAGCUGCUUGAUCAUGAGGGCUUUUAUGUCCCGCAAAAACAUACGAUCUCCUGGACCGGCCUGACCGUCAGCAUGUACAUGGAAGCUGGGCUGAUGGAUAUGGCUAGGCUUCUACGACACCAAAAGCAGGGAGACUUUUCCGUGGCUGAAAACUUGUGCUACUGGAAACAGCUUGUCUCUGCCAUUGCGUACCUUCACAGCCGGGGAUUGGCUCAUCGUGAUAUAAAACUUGAAAACAUGGUUUUGCUGGAAACCGGGCGGUUGAAGGUCGUUGACAUGGCUACGGUUACGGAAAGCGAUUCCGCUAUUGGAAUUGUGGGCUCGCCAAAGUAUAUGGCGCCUGAAAUGGUGUCACUGAUUAAGUACGACGGUAUGAAAGCGGAUAUUUGGUCGCUAGGGGUGGUAUUGGUGUAUUUUGCAACCAAACGGUUUGUAUGGAAAACGGCCCAUUUGAGUGAUGAGCGGUACAAGGCGUGGCUUGAUGGUAGUGAGGACGUUUUUCUGGUGCUUCCGGGUCGUUUGAAGGACUUUGUUUCGAGUCUUUUGGCUGUGGAUCCGCUGGAACGAUUUUCCAUAGAGGCCUUGCAAGAGCAGGCAAUUUAUAGCAAGCUCCCGUGGUGUCAUGGAGGGGAAAGUUGUGGAACUGAGCAUCGGUUGCUCGUGGAACUGGGAUAUUGA